UGUAGGUCACCAUGUAGGGGCAAAGUCCCUUUUGAAGGAAUUGCGAUGGAGAAAGGGGUUCGUCUAUCAAAGACAAGCCCAAGUUUUUUACAUGCAAACUCCACAAGCCACACCUGGAUAUUUUCAGCUAUAGCUGAGCUUAUAGAUAAUGCUUAUGAUCCAGACUGCAAUGCCUCACAGUUGCGGAUAGACAAGAGAAUAAUAGGCCAAAAAGACUGCCUCAUUUUUAUUGACAAUGGAAAUGGCAUGAAUCCUGACAAAUUACACAAAAUGCUUUCAUUUGGUUUUUGUGAGAAAGUAGAAAUCAAAGGCCACAAACCUGUAGGUCAUUAUGGCAACGGUUUCAAGUCGGGCAGCAUGAGACUCGGUAGAGAUGCCAUUGUCUUCACCAAACAAGAGGACACUAUUAGUGUUGGCUUUCUCUCCCAAACAUUUCUGGAAAUGACCAAUGCAGAAACUGUGCUGACACCAAUAGUAACAUGGGAUUCUAAAAGUCGUCAAAUACUACAUGCUCCUGAUACCCAAGGUAGCAUUGAUGCCAUUACAAUGCACUCAUUCUUCCAUUCUGAAAAGGAACUUUUGGAUGAAUUUCAGGCUAUUUCUGGGCAGACUGGGACGGAAAUUAUCAUCUUUAAUCUCAAAACGUCAAGUGAUGGUAUGCUUGAGUUGGAUUUUCAGAGUAAACCUGAUGACAUAAUGAAUCUAGAGCAUGAACAGAUGGACCUGAACACCACAGCCAAUGCUGUGAACAGACCAGUGGUGGAACAUAAACCAGAGUAUACCCGCUCUCUAAGGGAAUACUGUUCCAUUUUAUUUCUCAAGCCUCGAAUGAAGAUCAUAUUGAGGGGGUCCAAAGUUAAAACAAAGCUGAUUACUAAAAGUCUUAGUGAAACUGAAAGCGAUGUUUAUAGGCCAACAUGGCUUAAAAAAACCAUGAAGAUCAUUUUUGGCUUCUCUCCACAAAAGCAGGACUAUGGUAUUAUGCUGUAUCAUAGGAACAGACUCAUCAAAGCCUAUGAAAAAGUAGGAUGUCAAAAACAGAAUAACCCAUUGGGUGUAGGAGUUGUUGGUGUUGCUGAGGUAGAUUUCUUGGAACCUAUACACAAUAAGCAAGAUUUCAAUAAAACAGCCAGAUACAAUGCUUGUAUCAGUGCACUUGGUCGGAAGUUGGAUGACUACUGGAAUGAGAAAAUGUCUGCAGAUGGGAACAACACUACUGUCAACAGAAGUCAAAAACCAGAUUGGACAUGGGUUCAAUGCGACAAUCCUCAAUGUUUGAAGUGGAGACGGUUACCAGAUGGCGUUGAUGACAGUAAUCUGCCAGACAAGUGGUACUGCUACCUAAACCCAGACCCAACACACAAUCGCUGUGACAUUGAAGAAGAACCCGAGGAUGAGAAUGAUGUUUCGAGGGCUUCCUAUCCAAAGACCUAUAAGAAACAACAGUACAGAAAAUUAAAGAAACAUUCAUAUCAACCACCACAGCAUGUUCAGCAGGCAUCCAGCUCUCAGGAUAAUAAGCCUAAGCCAGUCAUUAAAGAGCUAGAGAGGGCUAACCGUCAGCUCAUGGAAGCUAAGCGGAGAGAGGAAGAACAGGGAGAAGUUUUCAUGAAAUUAAUGAGGCAGAAUAAGAAGGUUGAAAAGAAGCAGAAGAAGCUGAUGCAAGAAGCUCGGAGGGUGAAACUUUUGACAAGUCAAAGUGAGGCAUUACUUGCCAGCACCAGUGACCAACCCAGUGUAUCCUCUAGGAAUGAGUCAAGUGAUAAAAAAAAAACAUAUGGUGUAAACAUUACUUCCAAAGCACCUGCUAGACCACCCAGUAAAAGGAAACGUCAUGAAGGUGAACAUUCUGAUGCCAUUAUUAUGACUUCUGAUGAUGGAGACAAUUUACCCGUUUCCAAGAUUCCUAAAAUAGAACGGGAACCUCAAGAUGUUAAGCCAUGUAAUCAAACAGGUGUUACUACAACAUAUGCUGGCUCAAAUGGUGCACAAAAUCCAACUGAAUUAGGAUCAGGUUAUCUGGAAGAAAUUGACAAUUUAAAACGGGAUUUAUAUAACCUUAGACGGAAUGUUGCCGAGUUGCUCAAUUUCUUAAGCCCAGAUGUAAAGAUAGACUCAGAUAACCUGCAUCAAGUGGAUGCUAUUGUUGAUGAUCUGAAUAAACAAAAUCGCAUGGGGCAAGUGGAGGAAGUUUGACUUUAUUUUAAUCAGCUGACAGUUCCUGUCACUGUAAUCAUCACCAUGCAGUUACUUGUCACCAAGUUAAUUUGGUCAAAGGCACUAUUAACAUGAAAAAUCUAAAUUUUAAAAAUCCAAAAACCCAUUGGUGGUAUCUAUUGUGCCCUGAAUACCCCGGGGCAUAAUUAACUAGCAGCCUGAGCGAGUCGUUUCCAAAGCUGUAAUUAAUUCUCGGCUGUGCUCGGGGGAGAUUCUGAAGCCUAAAUAUUUCAGUUAUAGGUAUAUAUGAGCAGCUGUUUGUAUACACUAUUUCAGCAAUGUUAGUGAAAGUGUAAAUGUUUAAACUACCUAUAAUAGCUCAAUGAGAUGCAUCUAUAGGGUCUUUUGACUGAUUAAAAAGAAGAAAAGUUCAAAGAAUUUUCUUGCUAUUGAAUUGGUUACAGAAGAGCAGUUCAUUAUUUUUCCCAUCAAAACAUUAUCAUAUUGUCCAAACGAUUACAAUGUCACCUAUGAAACCAUAUUGACAAGUGUUUAUCUCACCAAUUAGGCUGUUUUCCCAACAAUUCAUUUUGAAUGGUGAGAUGUAGAAAUUAUCAAUCAGGUCAACAAAAGGCUAUUAACUUACCAGUUAAGGUUCAAAUAAAGUGCUGGAAAUAUUUUAAAAUGAUGAAAAUACUACAAGAAAAUUUUGAUGCCAGAAUCAUUUUUCUGCAUGAUCAAUUUUUGGUUUAUCCUUGAUUUAAUCUACUUUUUUAUAAAGGGAGGAGAGAAAUUAGCAUUGUGCCAAUAUUAAAUGGUUUUUAUUAUUCAGUUUAAAUAGAACUUAAUGAACUUAUUAAUGUUAUAACAAGCAUGUUUUUAAAUUUACCCUCAUAUCUUUGCAUGUAUUUUCACUUGUAUGUUUAUAUAUAUAUAUAUAUAUAUAUAUAAUUUUCAUUUUUUGUUUGCAACAGAAAUCAUAAAAAUGUUAAUGAAAUGGGAAGUAUUAUUAGAUUAAAAUAUCCUUGAUCAGUAACAGAUAAUAUAUUUUAAAUGGUACAAUUCAACAAAAUGAACUGAAGAUGCUUAAGUGUUACUAAUAGAAUGAGUAGUCUAAUUGAUAGUUUUAUUGUAUGAUAGAGAUAUAUAUAAUUAAACAAAUUAUCAACAUUUUUUUUAUUAAGUAAAAUAUGUUUUGUUGCUUUAUACAACAUAUAAAUGAUUAUUUGUGCUUAAUUUUUAACUGAAUGGCAACUGAUGAAUAGAAACAGUAUAUACAGGUAUGUAUGCUUAAACAUAUUUUAAUGGAUUCAUAAAUUUUUAUCUUGAAAUAAGGUAAUGAUUACAAGAUCGAUGUAAUCACAUUUGAUUAAAUAUAUAUUUUUUAGAUAUAUGUAUUAAAGGGCAGGAGUAUUAAUUAGAAAGUACAUAGCCAAUUAAUACAACUAAUAUAUCAUAUAUAUGUAAUGUAAAAUCUAGUUAUAUUUACUGGAGGAAAUGAAUAUUAUGUUAUGUUACUUUAUUUUUUUUAUUUUAUUAAUCCAAUUUUUUUUUGCACAUAACAGUAAUGAGAAGUUUGAUAUGAUCAAACAGCUAAUAUUUGGGUAAAUUUGAUUAAGCAUGAUUUUAAACAAGGCAGCAAAGCUGUCAAAUGUACAGACAAAAAACAGAAAAUAAAGAUGCAAA